AUGACUCGCGCUGCAGUCGGACAAAUGCGUUCAACCGCCUCCAUGGCCCGCAACCUAACCCAGGCCCAAUCUCUCUGCCGCAAAGCCCACGAAGCUGGCGCAAAGGCCCUCUUCCUCCCAGAAGCAGCAGACUACAUCACCACCUCGGGCGGCCUCCAACUCUGCAAACCCGUCACAACCUCCGAAUUCGUCCUUGGCCUACAGCACUCGGCCAAACAGUACAAUCUCGCCAUCUCAGUCGGAAUCCACGAGCCCACGUCGGACGGCCAAAAGGUAAAGAAUACGCUCAUCUGGAUCACGCCCGAGGGCCAAAUUGCCCACCGCUACCAGAAGCUGCAUCUGUUCGAUAUGGACGUCGAAGACGGCCCGCAGAUGAAGGAGUCAGACGGCGUGGAGCGCGGCCUCCAUCUCGGCGAUCCCUUCGAUAGCCCCGUCGGCAGAAUCGGCAUGCAGAUAUGCUUCGACUUGCGUUUUCCCGAACCAGGCCUUGCUCUGAGAAGAAGAGGCGCCCAGGUGCUUUUGUACCCGGCUGCCUUUACCGUGCCCACGGGCAAAGCGGGCCACUGGGAGAUACUGAUCCGUGCACGCGCCAUCGAGACGCAGAGUUAUGUUAUUGCCGCUGCCCAGGUGGGCGUGCACGACGAUGAGGGCAAGAGGAGGAGCUACGGACACAGCAUGAUUGUUGAUCCUUGGGGCAAGAUUAUGGCCGAGCUUGGGGGCGACGAGGGCGGGGACGGAGAGUGGAAGGAUGAAGGCGAGAUUGCAGUUGCAGACGUGGACCUUGACUAUGUGGAGAAACUGAGGAGAGAUGUGCCAAUGAUGAGACGAACAGAUGUGUAUGCCGAUCUUUCAUAG